AUGUCCACAAUUCAUAAUUCGAACACUGCUUGCUGCACUAUCCCUACUGUUGUUCCUAAGGAUAAGUAUCAGGAGAAGGGAGAGUAUAAGCCGUUCGGAGCCUUUAAGAAAGCAUACGUCGUCGGAAAUCCUAAGUCUGGCAAAACCAUUAUCGGAGUAUACGACAUCUUCGGCUACUGGCCUCAAACACAACAAGGCGCUGAUAUUCUCGCCGAGACACUGGAUGCUUUGGUGAUCUAUCCCGAUUUCCUUGAUGGAAAGCCAUGGGACGCCAACAAUUUCCCACCCCAAACAGACGAAGACAAGCAAAAGCUCCAAGAUUUUUUCGGAGGUGUUGCAAACGUUGGUGAACGCGUAAAGGACGUUGGUGACCUGGCCGACAAGUUGAAAGCUGACGGUGCCAAAUUUGUUGGCACGAUUGGCUUUUGUUGGGGAGGAAAAGUUGUCACUGUUGCCGCUGGUACUGGAAAGACCGACGCCGCUGUUGCAAUUCACCCUGCGAUGCUUGAUGUCAAAGAUGCGGACAACUUGAAGGUUCCCCUUGGAAUAUUCCCAUCCAAAGAUGAGCCAAUUGAGGAGUAUGAGAAAAUUAUCAAGUCUAUCUCUAAUAAGGACUUCGCAUCCAAAAACGCAUACAAGGUCUACCCGAACAUGCACCACGGAUGGGCUGCCGCUCGUGCAAACCUAGAUGACCCCGAGAACAAAAAGGAGUACGAGGACGUCUAUGGAACAGCGGUGACCUUCUUCAAGGGUGUGAUUGCGGGCUGA